UCCGUGCAAGCGCUCCGAGCGCGCAGUCGGCCCGGGAGCGCUCGAUCGUUAAGUGUCUCUCUCUCUCUCUCUUUCUCUCUUUCUCUGCUACGUCGUCUUCAGAGCCAUCGAGAGCGCCAGCACCGUUAUCCGCGACUGACCGGACCACGGAGACGGCGAGUACGGCCACGGCGACCCUCCGCGCACGAGUGAGAGUAUGACGCAGCCGCCGCGCGGAAGCUGCCCUCCGAGCAAGCGGCAACAGCAGCAGCGGCGGCCGAGUUGAGCGGCGAUGACGCGAUGCGGACGCCCUCCGCCUCUGCGCACGGCACAAGCGAGGAAGAUGAGGGUGGCGAGCGGGCGAAGUCCGGAAGGAGCCUACUGCUGGUGGUCCUGGUGGGCACGCUGGUCGGCAUGGCCGCGGCCGAGCAGCCCAAGUACAGCACGCGCCUGGUGCACACGCACUACGGCGCGCUACGCGGGGUGGUCGCGCGGGGCAGCGCCGCCGGCGAGACCCAGGUGGAGGUGUACCUGGGCGUCCCGUACGCCACGCCGCCGCUGGGCGCGCUACGCUACAUGCCGCCCGUCACGCCCUCGCCCUGGCGCGGCACCCGCCUAGCCGACAGCAUGCCGGCCUCCUGCCCGCAGCCGCUCCCGGCCCUCGACGCCUCCACGCCGCGCCAGCAGCGGGCCCACCUCGAGCGCAUCCACCCGCUGCUGAGGAACCAGAGCGAGGACUGCCUCUACCUCAACCUCUAUGUGCCCAGGCCGCCGCCCUCGUCCUCCUCCUCCUCUUCAGCCGCCGGCGCUGCUAAUCAUCCAGGGAGUAGUGGCAGUGGCAGCGGCGGAGGUGGCACGUCGGAUCUGCUGCCAGGGUUGCUGCUGAUCCACGGCGACUCGUACUCGUGGGGCUCAGGGAAUCCGCUGGACGGAACCGCGUUGGCCGCCCACGGACGGCUCAUCGUCGUCUCCAUCAACUUUCGCCUGGGCAUCUUGGGUUUCCUGAAAACGAGCUCAAAGGGCAGCGCCCAGGGCAACUACGGGCUGAUGGAUCUGGUAGCCGGCGUGCACUGGCUGCGCGAGAAUCUGGCGGCGUUCGGCGGCGACUCGAACCGCUUGACCCUGCUGGGCCACGGCACCGGCGCCGCUCUGGCCAACUUCCUCGCCGUCUCGCCCAUGGCCAAAGAGCUGAUCGAGCGCGUGGUGCUGCUGGGCGGCUCGUCGCUGUCGCCAUGGGCGGUCCAGCGAGAGCCACUCACGGUGAAGCGCCGAGUGGCCGAGCAGCUGAAUUGCCCGGGCGACGUGGAGGCCGACGACAUCGCGGCUUGCCUGAGGCUACGCCACGUCGACGAGCUGCUGGAGGUGAGGCUCGACGUGCCGAGGUUCACCUCGGGCUUCGCCCCCUUCUUCGACGGCACCAUACUGCCUGCCAGCGCGAACAAUCAGAAUUUCCAGCCGACGGUGUCUUCGUCGGGACUGAUGCCACUACUGCCGGGGCCCGGCGCCGAGUUCGCCAACUUCGGCGACAGGGACGUACUGAUGGGCCUCACAUCCGACGAAGCUUGGCUCGAGCUGGCCGAGCAGGAUCUCGAGAACGGCCUGAACGAGACGAGGCGAGACAGAAUCCUGCGCACCUACGUGCGCAACACCUACCGCUAUCACCUGCACGAGAUCUACUCGACGCUGCGCAACGAGUACACGGACUGGGAACGCGGCGAGCCCAAUCAGCUGGCCAUCUGCGAGGGUCUGCUCGCCCUGCUGAGCGACGGCCAAGUCGCGGCGCCGCUGCUCCGGCUGGCGCUGCUGCACUCGGCCAGCGGCGGCCGCGGGUACUUUCUACACUUCCAGCCGGGCGAGAGACCGAGUCAGAAGGGCGAGGAACUGCCUUAUUUACUCGGACUGCCAAUGCUGAGGCACGAGAGCCUCGCCGCCAGCAACUACACCGCUGCCGACGAGAAUCUGUCGAGGCUGCUCGUCCACUACCUGUCCAAUUUUAUUCGGAGAGGCGACCCGAACGGAGCGGCAAUGUCGUCGAUGAACUCGGCGGCGGCGUGGAGCUCCUCGGCCGACGUGGGCGUAACGAGCCCGCCGUUCUGGGACUCGUACGACUCGAUAAACCAGCUGUACCUGGAGGCGGGCCGCGACGCGACGGAGAUGCGCUCGCACUACCGCGGCCACAAGAUGAGCCUGUGGCUGAACCUGCUGCCGCAGCUGCACAGGCCGGGCUACGAGGUGAGCAUGCGCCACCACCACCUGGCCGAGAGCCCGGCGCUGUACGAGGGCGCGGUGCGGCCGCAGUCCAUGGCGAUGCCCAUACCCGCGCCGCCGCUGCCGCUGCCCUACCCCACCGAGCCCUCCAUCUCGUCGUCCGCGGCCGCAGGUGGCAGCACCGCGCAGUCCGCCGCCGCCGCCGCCACCACCACCGACUGCGCGACCAACCUGAGCAGCCUGCUGCCCGGCACCGCGGCGCCGCCCAGCGCCAACACGCAGCACCCGCAGCUCGGGCCCGGCCCCAACAACCUGCUGCGCAAGCUGGCCUCCAGCCACUACCAGAGCUACACGACCGCGCUGACCGUCACCAUAGCCGUGGGCGUGUUCCUGCUGCUGCUCAACAUCCUUAUAUUCGCCGGCAUCUACCACCAGCGCGACAAGAACGGCUCGGCGGGCGCGGGCGUCGACCAGCUGGCGCUGGCGAGCUACGGCGACCAGAAGAAGGACGACCUGCUGGAGAUGGGCGGCGCCGCGGGCGGCAAGCCGGGCAAGCGCCCGACCUUCGUGCUGGCCGACUCGCCGACCGACAGCGCCGGCACGCCCGUGCUCGCCCACAAGACCAAGUUCGUGGACGAGCUCGAGCACAUGCAGCUGCGGGACCUGGAGGCGGCCGGCGCCACCGCCACCUACUUCUGCGCCAGCCCGUCGCGCGCGCGCACGCCCUCGCCCUGCGUGGACGCCACCAUGGCCGCGGCCGCCGCGGCCGACGACCUGGACGACGACCUGCCCGAGCCGCCGCCGCCGCCCAAGUCGCCCGCGCCGCCCUCGGGCAUGCUCUGCCCCGGCAUCCUGCGCCAGCCCGGCACCCCCGGCAGCGCCAAGAAGCGCGUGCAGAUACAGGAGAUCUCCGUCUGAGUGUCCGACCGCGCGAGGCGCUGCACGAACGCCCGCGUGGCCUGAGCUGCGCGGGCGUCCUUGCAGCGCGUCGCGCGCUCGGACCGAGCCAAGCGAAAGCGUGUGGCGUGUUUGCGUCGAAAUUGUCUGCUGCUCGCUUCGUUUUCCU